CUCUGCCCAGUCUCUGUCUCCGUCUGUAACUGUAGCCUGUGUUUUUCUCUCCCUCCCACUCCCUGCGACGUAUAGAUACUGCAUUGAUCAGACACACGCGCGCAGACACAUGCACACACACACACACACACACACACACACACAGUGAGCCUCCCACUCCUUUCAUCAUUGAUUCGCUCUGCUCUGCUCUGCUUUCUUUCUCUCUCCCCAUUCUCUUCCUCUCUCUCUCUCUCUCUCUCUCUCUCUCUCUCUCUCUCUCUCUCUCUCUCUCUCUACAGCGGCACUUGUUGAAUUCAACCCUUGGAGAAUAGAGAGAGGGGAGAGAAACAGAGAGAGAUAAUGACAGGGAGGCAGAGGGAGGCUUUGAGACAGCGGUAGAACAGACAGUGAGCAGAGAGAAUGGGGCUUUGGAGGAUAUAGAGAUAGAAGAAGAAGGCUGGGUGAAGACAGACAGAGAAAAGUCAGACAGCAGAGAGGAUCAUCUUUGAGACAGUGGGAAUGACACUUUAAGUGAAAGAGAGAGUCGACCAGACGGAGUACAUCAGAGUGCUCUCCCUCAUCUAUAACUACUCCUCUUCUGUCCUGGUCCUGACUGCUGCUGGUGUGUUUGUGUGUGCCCAAGACUCCAUGGUGUGUUUUUAACCAGAAGACUGGCUUACACAGGUCAGAACUGUCUGGGAUAACAGUGAGCGCUUUUUUCUGCAUUUGUGCAUGUGUGAGAGACUGUUAGCAGAGGAAAGUCGUGUGCUGGUUUCUCCAGAUGCCUCUCUCAGUGGCAGAGUCUACAGUGAAUAUCUGAAACCCCAUCUUCCUUUUUGGCCAACAUGUCCCAGCUGCUCCAUGUGGAGAUCCCAAACUUUGGAGCCACAGUUCUGGGCUCCCUCAAUGAGCAGCGCCUGCUGGGACACUACUGCGAUGUAUCCAUCCUAGUCAAAGGUCAGGCUUUCAAAGCCCACCGGGCCGUUUUGGCUGCCAGCAGCCUCUAUUUUCGUGACCUCUUCAGCAGCUCCACCAAGACCCAGUUUGAGUUGCCCUCCUCAGUCACACCUGCUUGCUUUGAGCAGAUCCUCACUUUCUGCUAUACAGGGAAGCUAACAAUGGCAGCUAGUGAACAGCUAGUGGUCAUGUACACAGCUGGCUACCUCCAAAUUCAGCAUAUAGUUGAAAAAGGCAUGGACCUUAUGUUCAAGGCGAACUCACCUCACUGUGACUCGCAAACAGCAGGGUCUUUAGAGGAAACAGGAUCUGAGCCGCAGAGUCCUUGUAAUAACGGUAACGGACUAGCGGUGGCUGCCCUUUUGGGAACCCCGGGCUGGUCUCCUUCCCUACUCAUGCCACAGCGUAAGAUUAAACUGGAAGGGGGUGACCCGACGCCCUUGACAAUACCCUCGACACAAAGCAAGAUUUCGUCUUCGGAGUUGGGGAGUCGGCUGGCGAGGGCCAGUUCACUGUUCUACUCAACGGCUGGUGGGACCCCCAUCCCUGGUAUGCCUUCUUACCACUUUCAUGGGGCCAGUGGGGGUGGAGCAGGAGGAGGAGUUGAAAGGUCCAGUCCUGGAGCAUCCAGCCUGCCAACCACUGACAGUCCUACAUCCUACCAGAAUGAGGAUGAGGAGUUUGAGGAAGAGCCCUAUGAUGGGAUCACAGAGGAUGCUUACAGUCAUCUCUAUGGACGUUCAGCUAACCCCUAUGGGAUCCAGGACAAGCCAGAGAUGGCAGCGGUGCCCUUGGCCUUGGAGAACCGCAACUGUGUGCUGAUCCGCAGGGACCUGGUGGCACUGCCUGCAAGUCUCAUCAGCCAGAUAGGCUACCGCUGCCACCCUAAGCUCUACUCUGAGGGGGACCCUGGGGAGAAGCUGGAAUUGGUAGCUGGUACACAGGUGUUCAUGACUCGAGGCCAGCUGAUGAACUGUCAUCUAUGUGCUGGUAUCAAACACAAAGUCUUGCUCCGCCGCCUGCUAGCCACGUUCUUUGAUAGAAACACUUUAGCCAAUAGCUGUGGGACAGGUAUCCGUUCUUCUACUAGUGACCCCAGUAGGAAACCCCUGGACAGCAGGGUCCUCAAUGCUGUCAAACUCUACUGUCAAAAUUUCAACCCUAACUUCAAGGAGAGUGAAAUGAAUGUGAUUGCUGCUGACAUGUGCACAAAUGCGAGGCGUGUCCGCAAGCGAUGGUUGCCCAAGAUCAAGUCCAUGCUGCCUGAUGGCAUGGAGGUGUACCGUGCAGGAAUGGGCAUGGGUGCCGCUGUGGGUCUGGGCCUGGCGCUGGGUGCUCCCCAACCAGGGGUAACCCUACCCUUCGAGCCUGACUUCAAGACCCUAGAGCAGAGGUUGUAUCCAGAUCGCAAGGACCCUCUCAGGACUCACCCACCACUGACAGAGGACAGCCCUGGGUCAGGGGCUGCUGGAGCAGAGGCUGAAGGUGAAGGUGAAGGAGUAGCCCACGAGGAACAGGAGGAAGAUGAGGAUGAAGCUGGGUUAGAGGGUGUAGACGGAUCACUGGGGGCGCCAACUUUGAUCCCAGGAGCUGAGGCAGGCAAUUGUGGUGACACGCCGACUGAGCAGGAAGUGGAAAGUUUUGGACAAGGUCUUAGGGUGAACGGACAGUGAAUGUCCCUUGGGCUGCCUCUCACAUUGUGAAAUCUGUUUUUAACACCGCAUUUUCUUUUGCUUGCUCUCUUACUCUAACAUCUCGUCCACCACUCUUUCUUCUCCUCUGUGCUUCCUCAACAGGAAUAAUUCAGCACAAAAAGCUGCGCUCGUAGGUUUACUAUACAGGAAUUUGUCACACAUGCAUGUGCACACGUGUGCUUGUGUACACGCUAAUUACUGAUAGUGGAAGUAGAACAGCGAUAAUAGAAGUAGACACAGGCAUGGCAUUAGCACAUUGAGAAAAUCAGUCCCUUCUGCUCCACCCUUUCUUCGUAUAUUCUGUAUUUACUCAGUAUUGCGGCACCCGCAGCCAUAUUACAAAGACCUGAUAGCAGAACAAAUGGCUGUAAUGAUUCAUCAUUUCAGUGCAAUACAAAAACUAACAGCUGCUUUGCUGGCAGUUUAUGGAGUGUGGUAUAAUGGUUUGUAAAAUGAUUCCGUUUUCUUGGAAAGCUGCAUCUGAAAAUAACCCAUGUAACCUUGGGAAAAAACAGAUGAGAGAAACACAGCUCACUUAAAAAGCAGCUUAUUUUGCCGUGUUUGACCACUUUACAUCAUAUUGUUGUAUGAUAAAUAAUGUAUGAAUAUAUAACAAAAACAAAGACUGCAGUAUGGUUAAAGGUCAAGUACUGUAUUACAACCAUUACAACUACACAACAGAACAGGUUUCUUUUCUGUUAAAACAGCGCGUUAUUUUUAUGAUAAAGUUGAGGAGAGGUUUUUCUGCAAAACCUAAACACAUCUCCAGAAUCUAACAAAUAAUCACAUGGAGUUGUUUUUUCAUGCAUAUUUGCCCAUGACAUAUUGAAUUAGAUUGUCAAUGUGAUGCCUGUGUCUGCUCCAGACCGCCCCUCCCAACCACACACGUACAGAAACACACUCACACAUGUGCACACAUUUCUCCCCUUAUGAUACUAGCCUUUAAUAUCUGCAUCAAGGCAUUAAAAACCCACUGUUCCAAAACAAAAAAAUAAUGUAACAAUGCUUUUUAACUUUGAAAGUUUUGUCAUUUUACAUCAUUGUGUCUUGGAGAUACAGAGAGAGACAUGAACAAGAACACAACAGCUUGCGUGCAUGAAUACAAACAAUGGAUACAGAGAAUUAUUGAAAACAACAACAAAGCCACAAACCUGCAUAUAAAUAAGAAAACAGCUACUGUUGCCUCGACAUAUGCCAUUAAUACGCAAAAGGACUUAUUAUCCCAUGUCUUACUGGGAUCUGAUCUCAGUCUGACACAUGGUAGAACUGACCUGGGUGUGACCCAGGAUUGACUGUGUUUGACACAGUAUCGAUUGGAUUUUCUUUUUUAACUACGGAGCGUGCUGUCACCACGGGUAGAAGGGAAUGAUACUAUAUGGAGUAGUAAGAGGAAGUGCACUACACUGAGUGGUAGAAGGAAACAUGUCGGAGAGAAGCACUGUUUCACCUUGAUGUGGUGGUGUGAUUGGCACCAAAACUACAUAGUCCUGCUUCCAUCCUUUUUUGUUUUUCCUUUUUUUUCCUAGGGGGUUGGGGGGUAAAUUAUUGAAUAAAACUUAUAAGAGCAAUUUCUGCUGGCUUAUUGCAUUUGCACUCAAAAAAAAAAAAAAAAAGGUUAAAGGGUGGGAAACUAAGGAGUUUGGCAAAAUGUGACUGUACUAAAGACUGAAAAUUUCCUCCACCUCACCCUGAUAAGUCCUUUUAAUUAGAGGAUUGUGGGUUUGGAAGGAGAAAAUUUGUCUUUUUUUUUUCUUUUUUUUAAAUUGAUAUCUGUUUUCAUGCUUUCUGCCACGCAUAGGGAAUCAGUCAAAAUAGCCUUCCUUUGUUGUUUUGUCCAUUGAUUUUAUGAGAUAUGCUGUUAUGUUUUCCUCUGUUUUCUGGGUUUUCCUGAUCAGUGUCAAAGCACAUCUUAAACACAAGUUCCGACCAUCAAAUUUAGAUUAAGGAACGAACCAAAAAGAUUUUACGGCACCAACAUUUUUGAAAGAAAAAUCAAAUGAAUCGGUUUUUUUUCCACUGCAGUAAUUGAUGGCAGAAACUAACAACCAAGCAGAAACACAGUAUAUGCCCCUGAUAUAUUUAAUCUGUCUGUUUAUGCGUCAGUGCUGUGCCACUUGAAAGGUUGGGCCAGGGCCAGGUUAUUCUUUGUCUGUGUUCUAUGUAUCUGGUUUCAGACUCUUUAGGGGAAGCUUUAAAAUGGCCCUGCACAAGAAACACAGGGUUAUAAUUGCACUAGCUAAUAAUAAAGACGUUUACAGUAUGUUUUUUUUUUUUUUUCUUUUGGAAGAAAUGUGAUCUGCCAUAGGUAAAACAGGGCCGUGAUAGAAUGGCUGAGAUGAUGAAUGAAUGUAAACUGUAGCACUGCUUUGGCAAAGGGGUUCAAGCCUUGAUUGAAUAUACUCAAAUUUUUAUAUGGCUCACUUUUUCCUCAAUUGUAUACUUAAAUAUGGGCCAUAAUAUAAUAAUAAUUUGACUGUGAGGCUGGGUGAUGUUCUAACCUAAAGAUUUUGUGAUUUUGUGAUUUUUUAAACUGAUGUGAACAGGUCUUCCAAUGUGGUAAAUACCAGGGAGCACUUAUCUAAUAUACAGAAAACUGAGCAGAGUUUGAGCUUUUAUUACUUUUUUUGUUGAUUCUAUUCUUAUCCCAGCGUGCUCCUCAUUUUAUAAAAUACUUUGACAGUUAUGUAUGUCUCUAAUGUUGAAAUGUUCACAAAACUGAGAGAUCCUGAACUGUUCUGUAAAUAUAUACGUCAAUAUUUAGCAAAUUAUUUGUUUAUAGUUUUUAAAUUAUGAAGCUUAAGUUCCUAAAGUUGCUCUUGUAAAACAAAUUAAAUAAAGAUAUUCAGUUGUUUAUUGGAGCCAUUACCUUAAUUACUGGACUUUUGAGAGGAUCACCUGCACUUCUGAUUUUGUAAACCAAGGUAACAGUCUUCCCAAAAUGUAUGCGCAUAUAAUUUUGGAAUAAAACCAAAUUUACAGUUAUUGUUUUAGAUAACAAAAUAGCAUGCAACUUAAUCAGCCUGCCGCACAAAAUCUGAAACCUGUGCACUCCACUGUUAAACCGUGCAGUAAGUAUAACAUAUAAGUUUAUUCUGUUUUUCUGUCUUUGUAUUUUCAUGCACAAUAAGUCUAUGCUUUUCAUUUUACUAAGCUCUGUUCUGGAAUAGGCAGAAUUGUGCAUGGCCAGCACUUAAAGUUAGAGAAACAAUGAUAUAAAGUCCAAUUAAAACAAAGCAGUAAAUAAUAUAGGGUGGGAAACCUUGAUAUACUCCACUGUAGUGAUAAAGGGGUUUGGAGCAGUGCCUUAGACUGUGACUGUGUGGGUGUGGAUGUUGUGAUGUCAACUUUUAUGUCUAGAUACGAUAAGAUAAAGUACCUGCAAAGGUAGAUUGACUUUUUUUUUUGUUUUUUUCCCCCUUUACUUAGGUUAUAAUUCUGCCAAAAUUGACCCCUCAGAACCUUGCUCAGUAUAAUGUAAUAAAAUAAAUGUAUUCACUCAUUUUCUUAUAUUUGCCAUCAUCUCAUUUUUUAAAGACCAGCCCAGUUAGGUUGAAUUAAUUGUAAUUUACUGCACUAAGAUGCAUUCAGCACCCAAUCAGCAACAACCUGGAUUCCCUGGACUGACAUCCUCACACUAUUUAUAUGAUUGACUGACCACCCAAAAAACUAUAUAAAAAUAUAUGAUAUCUAUUGUAGUCAACCCUGUUUUUGAGGGACUUCCCUUUGGAAUAGUCUUCCUCACAAAACAGUCCCACAUUGCAUAAAGUUUUUUACAUUUAUUUCCCCUGAUGCAUUCACAUUUCAGUUUGUUCAAAGUUUGUUUGCUUAACUACAAAAUGUGUCCGACUCUGACCUGGCCAACAAAAAACGCCCCAACCUUUUUUUUUUUUUUUGCUUCUCCUCUGCUUAGGGUCUUUUUUUUUUUUUUUCUUGUGCAGGGUGAAUUUGAACAUGAAUGUUGCACUAUACUGUAAACUGAGAAACUCAGAGAAUGUCAUGGCUUGGGAAGAUGAGCUCUAUUUGAGGUGGCUGAAAGAAAGGGUCCUGUUAAAUGUAUGUUAUGUUAUGUAUAUUUCUAUAUCUUUGAUUGAAAGUUUCCUUCACAGCAAACUCUGUAGUUAAGAAUUUUUUUUAUAAUUCAGUGACAGAUUUUUUUUGCCAUUCACCUAGAGGAUCAUUGAAAAUUACAAAAUAAGAGAUUGGAUGGGAUUGUUGGUUGAAAAGAACAUAUUUUCACACUUAUUUGCCAAUAAAUUGUUCCUUACUUUCUAAAACCUUAUAUAGUGCUCUGUUCAUCCCCCAUUACUGUCAAACUAAUGGGCACAGUAGUCUUUGUUCCAUUGAGUGGUUUAUCCUGAAAACAAUAAAUUUAUAUGCAAAGAGACACUUGUAUCAUAAAAUGCAUGCCAUUCAGACACUCACUCCAACCCAAUGAAACCUCUGAUCUUUAUGCACCAUGUAUUUUAUGCUGAAUAACUAUUGUCACUGUUAGCAAACAAAGACUGUGGAGUCUUGCAACGAGAAGGGUUGUCUUUUUAUCACACACCCUGGCCUUUUAUUGAAUGUUUGGGUAAGGUUUCAUCUAUUACGAUAAUGAUGGCAAAAUAGUGAUAAAAAGUGGACGACAUUGACUUACUACCCAGUUGAGUGUGCAUUUAAACCUUCAGCAGACUCAGAAAAAAUGCACUAAAAGUUUGUGUGUGUAUGUAUGUGUCCUUGAACAUAAUGCCAGCACUUUAGCAACUACUUAGUCAAGUGAAAGAAAUAAGAACAGAGUGACCGGGAGUUAGGCGAAUGAGGAGAAAACGCAACUUUUAAAGCCAUGUGUUUAGAGCGCUGACAAUCAGAGUAGGGAUGCGACCCAAAGUGCAUUAUGGGAGAUCUGACAUGACUUGCUGUGCUCUUGCUGUUUGCUUUGUCUUUCUCCAGCUUGCUUUGGUCUGUGCUAGCUUACUUUCCAGAGUGGAGGCGACAUGGUGAUGUUAACUCCAGCCUUCUUGGUUAUAAGUGUGUGUCUCUGCAACAAGGACUGACGGAUAUUUGACUGAUACCUUGGUGCUUCGUGAACAGAGCUGUCCCAUGUUGACAUGGUCCAUAUCUGUAAUGCUCUGGUAAGCGUGGGCCGAACUUGGUCCUCAGUCUAGGCUUAUUAGUGACCUCUCAAUGGACAGUCCAUAUGACAAAAGAGGAUCUUAUCAUGCAACCCUACACUUUGAUCAUGGUAAUGUUCUUCACUAUCAACAGGGCUUGGACCAGGCAAACUGGGAUGGGACAAUAUCAGUGUUGAUACUGCUUUAUGUUUCAAAUGAAAAAUGUUAAAAUGUUUAUGCGCCUUCUGACUCAAGCAUCGAUAAUAUAUACGACAGAAAUGCAAGUUGCCACUUUUGAUGUUGCAUAAGAAUCUACCUUUCAUUCCCAUCAUGGUAUUUGCCAUCACCAGUUUCAAUUGUGUAGUCCAAGAGUACCUGAUUUCUUUAAAUGCAAUACAGAAAAAUCUGCUUUCUAAUAAAAGUCCUUACUUCACCACA